AUGACCAAUGACGACUUACGGUUGACCCCGACCAUGUCUCAUACACCCUCGGAAGUCAUUCGCAUUAUAAAUGAUGAGGAAAUCCGCAAAUUCAAGCUCGGGGUUUUGUUUCUCGUGGUUGCGAUUUCGUCGUGGAUUUUUGGUUUGGAGUUGUUAAACGCGGUAUUGAAGGGCGACGAGUAUCAAAAACCAUGGAUGUUUUCAUAUAUUACAGGUUCUUGCUUUGCUUUAAACUUGAUUCCUGAUUUUUUCAGCUCGUAUCGAAACCAAAAACCUGCUGAAAAUGAGUUAAAUGGCCGUGAAACCACCAUUUUGGCCAUCAUAAUUGCCAUAAUAUACUACUUUUACAACUUGUUUGUCAUGCUAGCACUCCAGUAUACUUCGGCAUCGAACCAAACUGUGUUGUCCAGCACCACUUCCAUCUUCACUCUCUUUAUCGGAAUGCUGCUUGGAAUUGAAACUUUCAAUUUACAAAAAUUGGCUUGUAUUAUCAUAAGUUUUGCAGGGGUUGUUCUUAUCAAUUGGAGCGAGUCGGGACUUUCCAAGGAUUCUGGCAAUAAAUUUGUGCCAAAAAACCCCCGAUUGGGUAACGCAUUGGCGGUUCUCGGCGCUCUUAUGUACGCCUUUUAUAUGAUCGUUAUGAAGGUUCGCUGCGGUACUGGAUCGAGAACCGUCAACGAAAGACGAAUGUUUGGAAUCGUGGGGGCGGUGACACUUGUAUUUGGCAUACCAGUGCUUUUCAUUGUGCAUAUGUUUGACAUCGAGCGUUUCGAACUCCCUCCAAACAACACUGUUUCUUCAAUGAUACUCAUCAAUGGUGUGUUUUCCGUCAUCUCGGACUACACUACUAUUCUAGCAAUGCUUUUGACCAGUCCUUUGGUCACUUCGCUUUCGUUGUCGUCGUCAAUUCCAAUAACCAUUUUUAUCGACAAGAUCAUUAUGUGGGUGACAGAUGCACCAGCCUCGAAAUCGGGUCAUGUAAUGUAUUAUUUCGGUAUUUGCAGCAUUUUGCUUUCGGUGCUCUUGAUCAAUGCUAAUCUCACCACCGAAAACCAAUUAAUCGUGGAGGUGAUAGACGACGCUCUUGAAGAUGCAAUUCGCGAAGACGAAGUGUUGUCGCCCGUUCUCUCUCCAUUGCUUAGUCCUCAUGCACAAUACACCACAGGAGCGACUAUCAGGAACUCCCCGGGCUUACAACUUGGAAUCAGAUCACCAUUGUACAGAAGGUCACCGGCUACCCAGUUUCCGUUUCUUGUUCGUAAAGUGUCGGGAUUCGAUUUGAACAACGAUUCCGAAGAUUUGGACGAAAGAGUGGGCGAAGCAGAUACAGAAGAAAUGCACCUCACGGUUUCCGGUGGCAGAAACCACAAAUACCGGGUGAGGAUUGUAGCACAAGACGAACAUACGCCGCUUCUUGGGAGUGAUCUAUAG